AGUUUCCACCAUUAAAUCCAGUCACGCUGCAGGUUCUUUUGCCACUCAGUCCAGCUGAGAGAGCGCGUUCCGGCGGGAAAGUGACAAUGCAUGCCUAUCCCAGACUUAAAAGAGGAUCCUUUUCAACCACAACCGAGAAACCCCGUGGAAGAGUGCUGAGUGCAAAUCUGGGAGCGUUAGCAGGGUUUGCAUAAAAGAAAAACAGAAAGAUAAUAAACUCCACACAGAACAGGAUAAUGAGUGGAUCGGUAGAGGAUUAUUGGGAAUUAUACGGAGGAAAUUUCAGUUAAUGCAGGAGGCGAAAGGGAAACGAAAAGUAAAGACCAGAAUGAAGGAUUUGGCAUCAUUAAAUGCAGAAACAGAUUGCGUCAAAAACGACCUGCUGUCUCUAAAAAGUACUGGACAAAUUGGUCGAAUAUAUGGGGAUAUGAAUAAAAAAAUGUUUUGCAGCAAAGGUGAAGAGAAUAAACUGGAUUGUGGGGCUCCGUAGGGGAACGGGAGCCUGGCGGUCAUGGGAUGUAAUGACUGGAGGGUUGGAGCAGAAGAACAGAGAUGGCGCACCAAGUCAGUUAUGAUGCAAGAAAAGCCAAAAAGAGAAAACGUUCCUGCAGUCAGAACAAAUCCAACCUCUCAACUCUCUCUAUGAUCAUAUCCUGUGUGUCUGCAAACUGCAAACUGGUGAAAACUCAAAGGUGCCUCUUGACAUUUCUGCUGUUGUGUUUGCCUGGUGCUGCUGCUUUAACUCUGCAAGGACAAAAGGAUGGCACUGUUACCUUUCCAUGUUCAAACACCAGAGAGAAUGUAUCCGUUCGCCUUACAUAUGGCUCCAAAAUCGCUUAUGGCAUCAGUCAGAAUCGUGAAUACCACGGCCGGGUGCAGAAGAGUGGUAACUGUAACUUAACUCUACAAAAACUGAGGACCACUGAUGCUGGGCGCUACAUUUUACACCUUUAUGACAAUGGUGUUUCCAGUUCCAACAGCUACGAUGUCCAUAUCAUAUGUUAUAUAUCAGGAUGGAAAGGCAAAGAGCUUAUGUUUGAUGAACUCCCACAAGAGGCUGAGAGAGUUGAGCAUUAUUCAGCCACAGGCUGGACGGAGAUGUGGAGGAGAGAACAAGAUGUCAACCGUCUAACCGACAAAAAUGGUUUCCUAACCAUAAAUAACUUCACAUCAAGCGACGCUGGAACAUACCGAGUCCUGAACGAAGGAGGAGUAACACUUGUCACUGUGAUAAUCACAGAAGCUCACUUACAGGAAAUAUCCCUGGAGGAAGAACAAAUUACCAGUGGUUCGAGUAUGACUACAGUUUGUUGGAUUUCUGCACUACCGCUUCUCAUUUAUCUCCUCUUUGGUUGCCUGUAGCCGUCUACCUCAAAACCAAGUCAAGCUGACAGCAAGUUUAAUUUUUUUUUUUUUUGCUGUAAAUCAUUAACAAUGUGCAUAUUUAUGGGCUAGGGGUUUAUUUGAUGUAUUAUAUUACUAGUACUAGACAUGCUGUGAAAAUGUACUGUUCUUUUCUCAUUCAACAAUCUCUGUCGCCCGUCUUGUUUAUAUGUUUGUUUUCUGAAUUUCACUACUUUUUCUAGUACACUCAAAAUGUUGCGUCCAUCUACUGUAUGUCCAGAUGUCAAAUUUCUUUAGAGCAGGGGUGCUCAACAGGCAGCCCGAGGGCCACAUACAGCCCGUCAGCUUUAAAUUUGUUGUUUCACAGUCUGAAAAGAAACAACAACAACAACAACCACAAUAUCCACCGGUUAGGUUUAGGGGUAGGGGUAGUGUAAAUACAGUUUGUACAGUAUAAAAACCAUUACGCCUAUGGAAUGUCCCCACAAUUCACAAAAACGGACGUGUGUGUGUGUGACUGCGGGCCGGAUUAUCGCUCACCGUUGAGUGAGUGCACAUGCGUCAAGCAUGUGGUUUAUUAAGUGUGGUGUGACAAUUAAGGGUUACGGCAGACCAUCUCCCUCCUUUAAACUUCUUUAUUUUAUGUAUAUUCAGGGUUCCUACGCGAUUUGGAAAAGCAUGGAAUUUGAUUUGAGUAAUUUCCAGAUCUGGAAAAGUAUGGAAAAAAAUUUUUGUUUCCAGACUAUUGGCUCCAUUCAGUUUUCUAAUUUAUCAUACCUGCAAACUAGUCACUUUACAGCAAAAUUAGCCCUUUUGAAUCAAAAUACAUAAUUUAUAUGAUUUGUUUACAUCCAAAGAGUUUUUUUUUUUUCGGGGUGAAUGUGUGUGUCUCAGGAUUCUCACAAGAAUCAGAAAUAGGCUACUUUCCCAUAGACUGGAGUGAGUCGAGAUCUUUCUUGGUGCUCUGUAGCGUGAUAGAUCGAUAUAGCACUCGUGAACCAUCUGUCAGCUAAAAAAUGAACUUCGAGAGAAGCAUUUUGCUAAAUAUAUGCACUAUAGGCUAUUGCAUAUUCAUUGUAUUUUUCAGUGUUGGGGAAGCUACUCUGAAACUGUAGUUUGACAAGCUACAAGCUACUCCUAAAUUAAAGUAGUUAAACUACAGUCAAGCUACCCUUUUGAAAAAGUAGUUAGCUACACUACAAGUUACUAUCAAUAUAGUAACUUGAUAUAGUUUAUUUUGUAAACUAUAUCAAAAGAUACAAUACUCAAAUGUAGCCUAUAUCUCACACUGACUCUCUUUGCACGCUUUAUAUAUAAUACAUUCAGAAUUUUAAUAUAAGUUUUUUUCAUGCUACCAACCACCUAUUGCAUUCUGCAGUUUCAGAAGUGAUUUCUACAUAUAAAUGCAGGAUUCAUGCUCAAAACGGGACAAAAAUAUGCAAUAAUAAUGUAAAUAUUAGAGUAUUUGUAUCAGUAUUUUAGAAAUUCUAUUUAAAAUCGUAAUUGUCUCACUAUACGUUGCUAUUCUUAUUAUGGUGGAGCCGUUGUUUACACAGUUAACUCCCCAACACUGGUAUUUGUACAUAACGUGUGCUUCAGUAUUGAAUGUAUAAAUCAUGACAGUCACUAUUUAAAUGUUUAGGCCUAAAAAAAAAAAAAAAAAAAGAGUAGAGGCUACUCUGUCAAUAACUGUCAUUAAAAAUUUAUAAAAACUUCCUUGUGUGUAAUUUAGCCUAUAUGUGAGUAGCUUGCAAAUCAAUUUUAACCUAAUAUUAUAAUGAUGUACCAGCUGUGAUUCCCUGUAUAGUUUACAGCAUUAGUUGAGAGAGAUUUUUUUUCUUUGAUGAAAUUUGCCAUGUACUGUACCUGAAUUAAUACUGAAUCAAAUCAAAUUGCGAGCUUCUGAAUCAAAAUCGCAUUCAGUUGUGAAAUUUGUGUCAAUGCCCUGCCCUACUGCCAAUAUUUAUUAUUUUUUGUUUUUACUUGAAGCAAAUGUUGUUUUUUUCCAUUUAUGUUCUUAACAGAUUGCACCAGAAUGCUUUGUUUACAUGUUAAAAUUACAAAAAUAUUCUCCUGGGGGACGAUUCCCCCAGACCCCCCUACGACAACGUAGCACUAACAAUCAAGCACUAAUUUAAAAAUCACUAAAAGACUGUAAGACCCCGACUACAAACAUGAAGCAGAGAAAACAUAGAAAAAGAGACAGAAGCUUACGAAUGGCAGAAAAUUGUUUGGAAGGUCUGGAAAUUUGAGUCUGGAAAAGUAUGGAAUUUUGAAUUGGAAAAUGUGUCGGAACCCUGUAUAUUGUAGUUUUUGUAACGUGUCUUUUGUUUGUUGUUUUUGUGACCUGUGAAUAUUGAGCCCUUGUGAGAUAAUGUAACCAUUUUUAACUUUUAACUACACUUCAAUAAAGCACUUUUAAUAAAUCA